AUGCGCGUGUCGCUCCUGCCAUCUGACGUCCGGGUUCGAGAUCCAAACGUGGGCAUUUGUGCCGCGUUCAAACAUACAGUUCCACGUCCCUUCAACCUUGACGGCAUCUCCGUCCUCGUCUUCGCCAUCAACGUCACGCGGGGAGGGAGUAAUCCCUCUCGAUUUCACGACCUUACCCCCCGGCAUCCUCAGGCAUACCGCAGCUCGUCUGGCGUAGUCCGCGAGUUCUGCGACCGUUGCGGCGCUACGGUCUUCUGGCACGACGGAGACCGGCCGGAGCUCAUCGAUGUUAGUGUUGGGCUUUUGGACGCAGCCGAAGGCGCGAGGGCGGAGAGUUGGCUGGAGUUGGAAGGGCAGGAGAGAUGGCGCAGUGGGCAAGGGGCUUGGUUGGAAGUCUGGAAAGGGGUUUGGGGUGUCGAAAAGGAGUGGUGA